AUGUCCAUCCAAGUAAGCCCUUUUCAAAUAAGUUCGGCUUUGUUGAGUAUGUCACUUGCCGGCUUGACUCAAGCAGCCAACUUAGGUGGGCUAGAUGGAAGUGACCAAAACAGGGCCAACACACAAGACACUACAACCAGUGUAAAUGAGGCACAAACGCACCAAUCACAGCAGACACAGCAGACACAGCAGACACAGCAGACACAGCAGACACAGCAAAUUCAGCAAACUCAGCAAACUCAGCAAUCACAGCAAUCACAGCAAACACAGCAGUCACAGCAAACUCAAAGUGCCCCAUCUAAUGCAGCAGCGUCAGUGAGUGAAAAUGAAUCUACAACUAUUUGGUGGACACCAACAAGUGCAUCACAGACAUCCAUUUCAACCACAGACUCUCGUUCGUCUUCCCAGGCUCCCUCCAGCAACACAGCUAAAACUUCUGGUUCUCAUUCCGUCACUUAUAAUCAGUGGGGGUUCACUGGAAGUCAGUCUGCUUGGACAGACACUACAUUGGCAGCCUCAAAUUCAGCAAGCGGUGACUCGAGCUCGUCAUCUGGGGCCAGCUCUACAACCCGUAGCAUAAAUAGCACUUCAAAUGGGGUAAGACUGCAAGUGUUUCAAGAAAGGAAUCUUGGGUGGAAAAAGUUGGCUUUGGUUACCAGCGUUUUGGGCAUCAGUGUAGUUUUCAAUGUCUUAUAA